UAGAGGGCGUCUUAAUGCCGUGAACCUACAAACAACCACAGGACUUCGGUCGCCCUUCGUUUCAGUUUCUGCUUUCUAGUUUCCCAGAAAAGCUGGAGAACAGAACCACAGUUAGUCAACUUUGCUCUUAUUGACGUCGGCAGUGCACAGAGUGAGAACGAUCCUUUAAUAUUAUCACUGCCUUUUAUUUCCGUAUUGUAGGUGGCGACUUCUACAGGAAAAGACCCUGAGUUAAUUUUCGGGAAGUUGCUCAAUAUCGGAAAGCCACAUUUUACUCAACCGUGAGAUAAAUGUUAGUAUUCUGCACGUAUGGGUGAAUUCAGUGGCCUACAAUUAACGCGGUAACAACUAUCUAAAUGGAUAUUAUGUCAGUAUAACUCAGAUGAAUCCUGAACUCAGGUUGCGUCAGUAGUUUCUGCUACAAUGGAUAUUUCAGUAACUUCCGCUACUUACAUCCGCAACCUCAGUUAUAGUUUACGCCGCAAGUUGUCAGAUUUUUUGGACCCUCAAGACAGGUGGAAAGAUGUUAUUGUGUCGAUACGGAAGCCGGGUGGGGAAAUGAGGUACCCUCAGCACCAUGUGAGGAGAUUUGAAGGCCUUGUUGCACAGGGGAGAAGUCCCACAUUGGAGCUGCUGAAUGACUGGGGGACCACCAACAGUACAGUGGGAGAACUAGUAGACAUUUUGAAGAGUCACAAGUUAGUGGCUGCUGCCAGUGUUCUGCUACCUGUGGAAGAGGCCACCUCAGCAGGUACACAGCAGGCCUCUCCAGCUGUAGACACAGACAGUGCCCUUCCAACCAGGCUUCUGGGUGAGAGAGAGGCACAGCCGCCACCUGUCAGCUCUGCUGUGCACACACAGAUUCUGCUGGAGAGCAGUGAAGCCGAACACACAGGUUUCUCCAGCUUCCUCUACAAUGAUCUGAUGGAAAUUACAGGCAACUUUGAUGACCGCCCCAUGUCAGACGGCGGCAGCAGACUAGGAGAGGGAGGCUUCGGCACCGUAUACAAGGGGCUCCUGAAUGGUAAACCUGUUGCAGUGAAAAAACUAAAUCCAAUGGAUGACAUCUCGCUCGACGAGCUGCGAGUUCAGUUCAACCAGGAGAUCCAAACUCUGAAAAUGUUGAAACAUGAGAAUCUAGUAAACAUGGUUGGAUUUUCCUGUGACCAACAGCACCCAUGUUUGGUGUAUGCCUUCAUGGCAAACGGCUCUUUGCUUGACCGACUAGCUUGCUCAGACGAUAGUCCUCCACUGUGCUGGCGACAGAGGUGCUUGAUAGCUGAAGGGACAGCAAGGGGCUUGGAGUAUCUGCACUGUAACCAUCAUGUCCACAGAGAUGUUAAAAGUGCAAAUAUACUGUUGGAUGAAAAAUUUGUGGCAAAGAUCUCGGACUUUGGGUUGACAAGAGCAUCGGCUAAACGGACAUCAACAACCAUGAUGACAGAGAGGAUUGUGGGCACUCGUGCAUACAUGGCACCUGAGGCGCUCAGAGGAGAGAUCACGCCAAAAUCGGACGUUUUCAGCUUUGGAGUGGUGCUGUUAGAAAUACUGUCUGGGCUCUCGCCAGCUGAUGAAAACCGUGAGCCACAGUUCUUGAUGGAGGUUAGGUAUGAUAUAGAUGAUGAUGACGAGGAGCUGACUCUGGAGGAAUUUGUGGACACAAAGAUGAGAGACUGGGAGCUCAGCCAGGUGCAGAGUGUCUACUCUUUGGCCUGCAGCUGCCUCCAUGACAGGAAAAACAGACGGCCAGCUAUCAAACAGGUCCUGGCUGAGCUCAAAGGAGUUGUCAAAAACAUAUCACUGGAUUUUCAGCCGUAGCAGAACCAAGAUCAUGUUCCAGCCAAUGCCAAGACUGACAACUUGUUCUCCACAGGUUCAGAGAAGUUGCUUGUUGACUUGUGAAAGAAAUACUUAAACAGUCACAAUCUCUUUGUGUAAUAAACCUUUUUAAAGCUUAAUUUUAAGUGACUUACUAUAUUUUUGGUAAGAAGCAUGUGGCUUUGUUUUUAGAGCUGUUAGCUGUUACAGAAAUACUGCAGUACACUGAACUGGCAUCAAGCAUAUCAGAUGGUUUGAUGGACACAGCUGUAAUUUCAAAAGUGUUUCUAUCAUGUAUUUACUGUGAAGACAAGAGGAAUAAAGUUAAUGAAACAAAAA